ACUAGCACUUGCAGCGAACGGAGAAAACAGUUAGAUUUUCACACCAAAAGACUCACCACCAGGAAGUUUGGUUUACACACGGCUGGUUGAACAGACGUUGGUGCCUACAGCGAACGGAUUAAGCGAAAAAGAUGAAUGCUGAAGUUGCAACUUCGAUUGAUUUCUACAUUGGACUGUCUUUGGCGGUCAGUUCGUGUCUCUUCAUUGGAGGAAGUUUUAUUUUGAAGAAGAAGGGGCUCUUACGUUUGGCAAGCAAAGGGUCUAUGAGAGCAGGUCAGGGGGGAUAUGCUUACCUGAAGGAGUGGUUAUGGUGGGCUGGACUUAUAUCAAUGGGAGUAGGAGAAGCUGCCAAUUUCGCUGCAUAUGCCUUUGCCCCAGCUAUGUUAGUGACACCUCUUGGAGCACUGAGCGUAUUGGUGAGCGCUGUGUUGUCCUCUUACUUCCUGGAUGAGCGGCUGAAUGUCCAUGGGAAGAUCGGCUGCCUGCUUUGCAUUCUGGGCUCCACAGUGAUGGUAAUUCAUGCACCCCAAGAGGAGGAGGUGGACUCAUUAAGUGCCAUGGCUGAGAAGCUCAAAGACCCAGGGUUCAUUGUGUUUGCUGUGUGUAUUGUGGCAAGCUGCCUGGUGCUUAUCUUCUUUGUGGCUCCACGAUACGGCCAGAAGAACGUCCUCGUCUACAUUCUCAUUUGCUCCGUCAUUGGCUCUCUGUCUGUGUCUUGCGUCAAGGGCCUUGGAAUCGGGAUUAAAGAGCUGUUUGCAGGCACUGCCGUGCUGAAGGAGCCUCUGUUUUGGGCUUUACUCGUAUGCCUGGUUGUUUGCAUCAGCAUCCAGAUCAGCUACUUGAACAAAGCCCUGGACAUCUACAACACGUCUCUGGUAACACCGAUCUACUAUGUGUUCUUCACCACGUCCGUCAUGGCCUGUUCGGCCAUCUUGUUUAAGGAGUGGCUGCGCAUGACUGUGGAUGGAGCCUUGGGCACCAUCAGUGGCUUCCUCACCAUCAUCCUGGGCAUCUUUCUCCUUCACGCCUUUAAAGACGUCACCUUCACCUGGGACUCGUUACCUCUGUGCCUCCGUCAGGUUCCCCAGAGCUCCCCGUGGGCUCAGCCCUACAGCCCACUGCCGAAUCACGACUUCCCCGAGGACAGAAAGUCGCUUCUCCGGGACACUGCCAACGAUGCUGGUGCACCUCCGGAGGUCACAGAAAGGAGAAACAAUGGCACGCUCACAAUCUAACACAAAAGACAGACACCAAAAACAUUUACAUAUUCCCAGCAGCGAGUGACAGAAACUGCUGUUGGGUACAUUAUAAACACUGGAAUAACUGCCCUCAGCAUCACUUUUGUCUUACUGAACAUCACAGUACAUUGCUGAAUGCAAUGUUCAUAUCAUGCCUUGCCACAUGUUCUUUCUCUGUUUUGACUGCAUCUUUUUUACAUUAACUUAUGUGUACUUAUUUCCACCAGAGUUCAUAAUGAUUGUAUAUCACCUAACUGCAAUCUUGUCUCAAGGGUAAUGAAAACAUACAAUGAAUGUGACCUCAAAGUUGAUUAACUUAUUUAUUUGGCCAAGCCUUGAACUAGUAUUCUGUUGUGUAUAUAUGUAUUUAGUGUAGAAAAUAUUCUUCAAAUUAAAUCCAAUCAUAUUUUAUUGCUCCCUCUAUUGUAACUAUUAACAAAAUGUUUGUGUUGCAAUUAAUGUAAUAAAAAUGGUACAAGACAA